AUGGGUAGUGAGGCAAAUGCGUGUAAUAAAUUCGAAAAGAAUUCCAUUUCCGAAUUAGCCGAGCGAGUAAAUAACAACAAUGUGGUAGUAGUGCCGUGUACACCGCCACCAAACUACAGAUCGACUUGUAGUGUAGUGCCACCAACUCCCGAAGAUACGAAUGAAUUUUCGAUCCAUAGCCGCAGCUCAGAAACCCCAACAGAUGCCUUAUUUGAUUCGUUUGCUCCGGGCCCUGAUAAGUUGAUGCUAGCUCCUCAGCCACCGAUGAAAUAUAGGCAAGAAUCCCGCACACAUGUUGUUCGAAGUCUCAAUUUUGCAGAUUUUCUCCAAGAUACUUUGGGCCAUGAAUCUAAUACGGAUGAAAAAAGCAUCGAAUGUUUUCUUGAAGAGAUUGUCUACAGCACUGUUAUGGAUGCUAUUGUUUCAGAGCAGCAGACCACAAAACAGGUCGAAGUUGAAGUUGAGGUUCAUACUCCCGAAUCUGCCCCACGCCUCAUUGGAAUUGCUGAGACGUGCCCCAAAGCUCCAUUCAAGUACGUAUGUAAAAAAAGAAGCAUUGUCAUUAACAAGGAGAUUUGCAAAAAGCUCGACUUCUAA